AUGGUAGACGACGAAAGCGGCACGUGUAUUAUUCACCCUCGAGUUCUUGCGCAAAUGCGACUCGAGGACAAGAUAGCACCACGAUGCAUAACACUAACAGGUUUUAACAGUGCAGUCGAGCGAACCUCAGGAGAAAUAAUGCUGCCCGUUCUGGCCGGGAGCGUCACCCUCGAAACAACGUUCUAUAUCAUGAACUGGGACACAACCUACAACGCAAUCAUAGGACGACCAUGGAUACACGCCAUGAGGGCCAUCCUGUCCAGCUUGUAUCAAGUAAUCAAAUUCCCUACUCCGUGGGGUAUAUUCAGCAUCCGAGGCGAACAUCGCACAGCCAAGAAUGCUACCGCAUCGCCCAAGAUUAAAGACGUUAUCAAGGACCCCGACGUCGUGGAAGCUGCGGGAUCAACAAUAGAAGAUCUUGAUCCCGUCCAAUUAGACAGCAGCAACAGCAGCAAAAAGGCUUAUAUAGGCCAUAAGCUCUACGAGCCAGAUAUGCCUGGUAUUCCGAAAGACGUUACCUCACACAAGUUGAACGUCGAUCCCUUCUACCCUCCAGUACGACAAGUAAGAAGAAAAUUCAAUGCCGCAAUCAACGAGGCCGUCACUGAGGAAGUGAUAAACUGGUCGCUAAUGGCUCAAUCCGAGAAUCGAAAUACCCUCAAUAGGUACCCAAUGUGGUCGUGGUAG